AUGCGAAUCUUUUACAACCGUAUUGGCGCCGCUGCGGUCGUGGAUAAGGGCGGCCUCAGCGGUGGUGCUAUUGCUGGCAUUGUGAUCGGCGUCCUUCUAGCUGUCGUUCUGCUGGCUGUCCUUUUCCUCUUCCUCAGAAAUCGAGGCAGUGGCAGUGUGAUGCUUGACGACUUCGAGUGGUCUGAAAGCGCAAGUUUCUCCAAGGAUGACGCUGAUAUGAAUGCCGUUGAAAGGUAG